CGAGUUUUUGAGCUUUGUUUUGUUUUGGAGUCUUAUUGGAAAAGAGGGGAAGUAAAAAGGAAGACCUUUCUUUAUCGUUGAUUUUCUAUCUUCCUCUUUAGGGAAAAGCAAAAGAAGCUAAACGACGCCUGUUCUGUUCUGAAUUGGGGAAAAAAAGAACCCUAGCUAGAAACCAGACAUUUCCCAUCAAACCUUUAGCUUGUUCUAAUGCCCUUAUCCUAAUGGACGUGCAUCGAUUAAUUAGCAGCAAGAAUUUAUUUUUAGUUAAUGAUCUUAAUUAUUGCUCAAACUGUUGUCAAUUGAUGGGUCUUUUUCAUCUGUGAUUUUCUUUUUACUUGUUUUGAGCUUGUUGAUUGCUUUUUCUGCCCGUGUUUUUUGUUUGUUAGCUUUGAACUUUCAAUGGUUGAUGUGCUCUGUGUCUCUUUCUUGCUAAAUGGGAUAGGCUUGUGGGGUUCGUUACGGAAGGUGUUCAAAAACACGGUGUUAGUUCUCAAUAAUUUAUCGUUUGGUCUGCUUGGGUCUUAUUCAUUUAAGGGCCUACGUAGUUGGUUGCAGAAAACAAAACAAGGAAAAUGUGAUUGGAAAGUGAAAUAUUAUGAGAGUGGGGUUCAGUUGGUGAUGGUAAAAAUUUAAUCAUUUCAAUUGGGUUUUAAAGGCAGUUAUUUCUGCUUGGAUUGGACACAAAGGAAAAAGGAUGUGGCCAAAUGGGUGGUGGUCAGAAGUAAACUUCCAUGGGCAAUUGACCAUCUUUUGAGAGAAGUAAACUUCCAGUACUGCUGUGAAAUUUGUUGGGUAUUAGAGUGGAAACUCAUGGCUGGUAAAAAAACUUGAGUAGAAAAUGAGGGGAAUUUUUUUGGAUUAUAGUUCAAUGAGGACUUCUGACUUUUGAGGGUAACUUGAAAUUUGAGAGACCAGUUGCAUCCAGUUGGCUUAAAACCUUGAUUGGUUGGCCUUGCAGGGAUGACGGAGACUGACCUCAACAAGGCAGUUCUUGCCUGAGCAUGAGUUAAAUGUUGGAAACAGUACCUACGAAGAUGAAGAUGACUAACGUUUGGUCUGUGAAGGUUUCCUAUAUCAGGCAUAUACCCUCUAAUUUAGAGAAACUGGUGACUGUUUACAGAUGUCAGAUUUAUGUGGGAGUUUUGCUGGGGUUUGAUUGACCGAAUUAAGGAUUUCUGUUACAUCGCUUAUAAAUUGGCAACUUUUCAUGCAUAACAUCCUACAAAUUUUGAUCGUAUUAUGUCUUAUUUAUAUAUACCCAUCCCCUGAUGUUAUAGUUCUUGCAGGAUCUGAUGUCUGGUUGCUUGUCUUCUACUUAAAGAAGUGUGCAGAUUAGUUUUAUGUGUUAUAUCAAGAUGGAGUGGAACACAAAGCCUCCAUUCCACUGGGAUUGGGAUAACUUAAUUAUGUUCAAUUCAGCAUCAAGUCCUAAAAAAUUACAACCAACAGUGUGGGAUUUUGAUGGUGAGGGGGGAAUUGAAUCUGGGUCUAUCUACUCAUCUGGUGGAGGUGACGGCAGUGGUGUUUCUGGCUCAGAUCUUGGACUUGCUUCUUUGUCAAAGAGCUCGAAAUCUGCAUCCAUCGAUUCUUCUCCAACAGUGGAAGUGAAAACAUCCAAGAUUACUUUGAUGGCAAAUCAAGGUACUCCAGAAGAGUUUACUACCACAAAAGAACUUGCUCAGGCCAAGCCAACUGGUACUUCUCCAGUGCUCGAGGCUUCAGUUGGUUCAGGUGAGCCAUUCCUCAGUUUAAAGCUUGGGAAACAACCACACUUCGAAGAUGGUUGUGCCGUGAGCAAUACUAAGACAUUAUCUUUAUCUGUGAUUCCCGUGUUGUCUGUCGCUACGGCAAAGAGGUCAAAGUCCAAUUUUCAGAAUACUCAAGUUCCUCGCUGCCAAGUUGAAGGCUGUAACCUGGACCUCACAUCAGCUAAGGAUUACCAUCGUAAACAUAGAAUUUGUGAAAGUCAUUCGAAGUUCCCGAAAGUCAUUGUAAAUGGUCUGGAACGCCGCUUCUGCCAGCAGUGUAGCAGGUUCCAUGGUCUAGCAGAGUUCGACGAGAAGAAGCGAAGUUGUCGUAGGCGGCUUACUGAUCACAAUGCUAGACGACGCAAACCACCAGCGGUCCAUUUUAAUGCAGCAAGGCUGCCUUCAUCUUUAUAUGAUGAGAAGCAGCAGAUGAGUCUUAUUUGGAACAGAAGCCGAAGCCCACUUGGUAAUACAAAGCCUGAUGCAAGUUUUAAAUGGGGAGGCACAUGCAGCGACAAGGUCAUACAAAGGAAAGAUUAUAUGUCAAGACCUAUACAAGUUGGAGACAUCGAUGGGCAGCUGCAUUUAUCCACCCAUGAGCUGACAAAUCACAUCACUCUAUCUCACCAUGAUUCCAAUGGGAUCUUGCCACCCAAGAACAAGGGCACCAUAGCUGAGGUUCUCAACCAAGGCUUAGAAGAACCCAGGAUCUCCUCUAAUGUAGAUGCAACACAGGAUCUUCAUUGUGCUCUCUCUCUUCUGUCAAGUGAUUCUUGGGGUUCAUGCCAGCCAAAGUCCUCUUCCUUCGAACUUCCCAUGCACACGCACCAUGCCAUCAUGCCUCAGACUGCAGUGCAUGUGAUUCCCCGAGGUCUGCCACUUCCUUCGUCAGAGUGCUGGCGGAAUGAGCAACACUCUAGCAGUUCCCAAGUUCAUUCUUUGGCGUCGGCUAGUGAUGGCAGCAGUUUUACUCAAGGAUUCCAGCUGUAUGGGAGUGGCCUCUAUCCUAACCAGUUGAACUGACUUAUCAGACCAGAUCAACCAAGCCAGCAGAUAGAUUCACAUGUUAAUGAAUGUCAGUUUCUGGCAAUCUAUUUGAAAUCUGAUGGAUUUUCAUUUCAUUUCUGCCCUUUGAAUUGAAUCACUAUAACAGUAAAUGGAUGCUAAUGAUUUUAAGUGUGCCAUCAACUCAACAAUAUGAUAUUCUUAGUUCAACUG